AUGGAGGAAGAGGGCAGCGGCGAUGGACAGACAGUAGACAGCAGGAUACCCCCGGGGGGAGAUGGUGCAGCAGGACCAAGUAAUGACACAAUCGAUGAAGGUUUGCCAGAAGACCAGUUUCCUGUUGACUUAAAGGCUGUGGAGCAGCUCAGUGAAGGACUCCUAGCGCAUUACUUACCCAAUCUUCUUCAGAACUCAAAGCAUGCCUUACAGGAACUCACGCAGAAUCAAGUGGUAUUACUGGACACACUAGAUCAGGAAAUCUCCAAAUUCAAAGAGUGUGGUUCAGUUCUGGACAUCAAUGCCUUGUUUUCCGAAGCCAAGUAUUACCAUAACAAGUUAGUGAAUAUUAGAAAGGAAAUGAUGCUACUUCAUGAAAAGACCUCAAAAUUAAAGAAGCGAGCACUAAAAUUGCAGCAGAAAAAAACAGGAGGAAAAUUUAAGCAAGAACAGCAACGUGAGCGUGCGCUGGGGAGAGAAAAACAAUUGACAGCCAAGCCGGCUAAAAGAACAUGA